GAGCUGCAGAGGGCGGCUGAGCGGCCGAGCCCGCCCCGGGGUUAAUUGCCCGGCUUAGCAAGCGGCCGCGCGCCGCGCCCCCGGGAAACGUCGGGAGCCGGCGGCCGGAGCGAGCGAGGCGGCAGCUUGCGGCCAACCCCGGCAGCAUGACUGCCAUCGCCGUGCAGGCCCAGAGGCUGUUGGGCCAAAGAAGGCCCCGCCGGUCCUUCUUUGAGUCCUUCAUUCGGACCCUCAUCAUCACAUGUGCUGCCCUGGCUGUGGUCCUCUCAUCCGUCUCCAUCUGUGAUGGGCACUGGCUCCUGGCUGGGGACCGCCUCUUCGGGCUGUGGCACUACUGCACCACCACCAACCAGAGUGAGGCGCGCUGCCUCAGAGACCUGGGUCAGGCCCACGUGCCCGGGCUGGCUGUGGGCAUGGGCCUGGCCCGCAGCGUGGGUGCCUUGGCCGUGGUGGCUGCCAUUUUUGGCUUGGAGCUCCUCAUAGUGUCCCAGGUGUAUGAGGACAUCCACUCACGGCGCAAGUGGGCCAUGGGCUCCAUCCUUCUCCUGGUCUCUUUUGUCCUCUCCUGCGGAGGGCUCCUGAGUUUUGUGAUCCUCCUCAGGAACCAGGUCACGCUCAUGGGCUUCACCCUGAUGUUCUGGUGCGAGUUCACGGCCUCCUUUCUCUUCUUCCUGAACGCCAUCAGUGGCCUUCACAUCAACAGCAUCACCCACCCUGGGAGCAACCAAGGAAAUUUUAGGGCCCCCCAGAGACAUCAGGUUCUAUAAGAAAGUGCGGUCAGGAUGGGACUUUUCCAACAUGUGGCCUCUGGUGGGGUUGGGUGGAACAAAACCUUGAAACCACUGCCUCUUAGCCAGAAACCUUCGGGUGGUUAGUGAGAAAUGGCCCAGGGGCGCCUGCAGCUGGUCUGCAGGGCUGGAGGCCAGGAGGGUGCCUUACUGCCACCAGCUGCACAGGUUUAGCCAAGUUAUGAGGAUGUUGAUUAUAGAAGAAGAAAAACAUUUUAAAAGUUCUCGAGUUUUCUUCCUGGACUGGGUAAAUGGGGAAGCAGCAGUUCACACCUGUCUUAGUGAUGCUGGGAUACGGGCUGUGGAAUCCCUGUGGCUCCCAGGCUUGUUAAGAAUGUGUUAUUCUUGGGGCAGCGCCUGUGGCUCAAAGGAGUAGGGCACCAGCCCCAUAUGCCAGAGGUGGUGGGUUCAAACCCAGCCCCGGCCAAAAACUGCACAAAAAGAA